GAUCUCACGAGGCCACAAUUUUAUAAGAUGGCAGCUUCAGAAGUUUUUGGUGAGGAGUAUCCGACUGAAAUUCAUGAGUAUUUAGUGGCUUUUGAGGAAUCUGUGAAAUGUGCUGAUGGGAUGUUGAAGAACCUGAUGUCUACUCCCAGGAGUGAGCAGCUCCAAAAGUUGGAUCCUCUUGAGCAAGCCAAGCUGGAUUUAGCCUCUGCUUAUGCCUUGAAUUCUUUGUUUUGGAUAUACCUUGUCACGCAAGGAAUCAAUCCCAAAGAACAUGCUGUCAAACAAGAAUUGGAGCGGAUAAGAACUUACAUGAAUAAAGUGAAAGAAAUAACUGACCGAAAGAAGGCAGCAAAACUGGAUAAAGGUGUGGCAUCCCGAAUUGUCCGAAAUGCAUUGUGGGAAGCAAAAUCCGAAGGAAAGUCAAAAACAAAAUCGCAAUCUUCGCAUUGAAAUGCCAUAUUUGAGUUCCAAGAGGAAACUGCAGUGACUUUGACAAGAACUUUCUUUGACAUGUCACUGGAUGUCAGUAAUGUUUUUUUGAUGGAGAAAAAGCUGCCCAUGGUUCACAUAUCUGGCUAAUCUCACAUGGAGAAAAAAAAUGCAUGAGCGAACAGUGUAACAUUUAUUCACUUUAACCCCUUUUUGUAGGUAUAAAAGCAAUUAUACAGACAGUUGUUCCUCAUUCUAAGCUUUUUGUUGUGGGGGGGGGAGAGAAUGUUUUCUUUAUAUAAAUGUACAUUCUAGCAUCAUUUUACCAAUGGCUCUUAUUCACUUCAAUUGAUAUUUCAUUUGGAGAGGAGUGUGGAAAAAGAACAGACAUUUUUCAAAUAACCAAGAGAUGCUGCUCUAUAGAAUCUCAAGAGUUUCAGCUGUUAAUUUUUCAUAAAAUUAUGGUCCUGAUAGUCCUUUAAAUAUAGAAGUAAUUACAUGCCUCUUCCAGACAGAGUAUUUUCUUGACAGAAAGUGAAUGUACAAUAAAUUAAUAGAAUAAUGAACUGGAAGCAUUCCAGCUUUGGUUCUUUUGCUCUCAAUGUCUUUAGCAAAAGUUGUUUCAGAUCUGAAGUUUUUGUUGGACAUAUUUUUCUACUUGUUCUUUGCUUGAAGAAAUUCUUCCUAACCCCUCCUGAAUAGCUUGUCUCUGAUUUUUUUUUUGCCCUUUUGACCUGGAAAUAUUUUCCUCAUUAGCAGGACUGUCUAGUUAUCAAUUUUGAAAAUCAUUGAAAACCUCCUCGUUAUUCCAUCCACUUCCGUAUUGAAUGUUUUGUGUACUCAGCGAUGCUCUUCUGCACUCUAUUGUUGUAACACAUAGUUAUUUGAAUUACUGUCACCUUCCUGUCAGCUUUGAAGCAAUCUGGCCAAUAUCCUCUGACCUUUCAUUAGCAAGGUGUUUUUGCCCACAGAACUGCCACUCAUUGGAUUUUUUUGGUUUGUUUUUUGCACCAUUCUCUGUAAACUAGAGACUGUUGGGCGUGGAAAAUCUAAAGAGAUGAGCAGUUUCUGAUGUACUCAAACCACACUGUCUGGCACCAACAAUCAUUCUAAAGUCACUUAGAACAUAUUUCUUCCCCAUUAUGAUGUUUGGUCUGAACAAUUUGAUUGGUCUUUUUUAUAUUGUUUUGUGCCUUUUUUAUAUUUGUUUGCAUAAUCGCCUAUAUCUCUUUGGAGAAAUUACUCAUCUUAUAACCUGGUUAAUCUAACUUGUACACCAGGUCAUGGCAUAUCACAUUUCCAUCUCUUUACCUCUUAGACACAUCUAGGACUGUAUUGCAAGUUUGCACUAAAUCUUAUCCUUGAUAGGGAGGUGCAAAGUGUCAGUUUCUUUGGGGACUUAAGGCUAAGAGAUUAUAGCGUUACAGGUGGUCAGCCGAUAUAUUCCUAUGUUUUUUGAGCAUUGUACCUCAAGGAUUGAGUGAAGUUAGGAGAGCAGUUAACACAUGGGGCACUGAUGAGGUGAAUGGUGUCUUAUCAAGUAGCGGAGUCUAAAACUGGAGACCACAGUGUUGAGCUAAGAGAGCAAAGGUUUAAAGGAGACAUGAGGGGUCACAUGAUGUGUAUUUGGAACAUAGAGUUGUUUCCAUUUAAAUAAUAUUUGGACAGGUACAUGGAUAGGAAAGUUAAGAGGGAUAAAGCCCAAAUGCAGUUAAAUGGGAUGAGCUCAGCUGGUUGGCAUGGAAGGAAAUUGGCUGAAGGGGCAUCUCUAAUCCUUGUGGACCCAGCUUUAUAAUGCUUCAAAUCUUCUACAGAGUGAACUGUUACUGGUCAUUCAAGUUUAAUCAGCAAAUAGGCUAUCCAGUCUUUGGGCUUGGGUGGGCCUUUUCAUUUUGGGAUAGAAGAUUGAGCUGGUGGUAUUGCUGGCACUCCUGUCCUUGCGUUUGUCAGCAAGAUACCUGCCAUGAUGUCAAACUGCAUUUGUUGUCGCUCAGUGUCACGAGCACAAUUGCACAAAGUAUGUAAGCUUUUGUGAAUUCUGAACCCCUCUUUCUUCAGAUGGAUUCCUUUUAUGCUGAGUUCUCAUAUUACCCCCAAUCAUUUGCUUAAACCCUCUACAGUAAUCCCACUUUCUUGCUCUCCUAGUCUUUUUUUUUCCCCCAUCUGCUAUGCCAUCCUUUCAUGGUCAGUUCCUCCAUGAUCUCUGGUGGGAGAUUGCAGAGGGAUCUAUUAUUUUACAAACACUGUCUCUGUAGAUAUGAGUUACAGCAUGUAGUUGGGAAUCUAAAUUUCUGUAGUCUUCACUUGAGAAUAUUUGAAUAUUUUCCAAUGCUCAAUAUCUAUUUUGCAUGUCCUUGCAUUGAAUGCUAUUAUUAUGUACAGCUAUCAUCAAUACAUUGUGUUCAAUGCUGAACACCCUAAAUCAGAAUUUGGUACUGAGAAGUAGAAUUGCUUUGUGAAGUGAAAGUUUGUACAAUUACAUUGUGUGUGGAGCAGUUUAGCAUUGCUGUUAUUUGUGCGUGACUUCAAUUGGAAUGUAUUGCAUGGGGUUUUCACAUACAAGACUUGCACUGAUAAUUUGAGGAGUAGUGAAGAAAGUAAUAGAGGGGGAGGAAAAGGUGGUUAGAAAGAAAAUUCACAUAAAUCAAGUGUAUUUGCCGGGGCAUGUUAAUGAUAUCUUGUCAUACACCAUUUCCUUUCAGCAGAUAAGGUGACUACUUUGGAAAUGCUCAUGGCAUUCAGUGACCCUUUUAUAGCCUAUGCGUGAUCAAUAGGGGUGCUUUUAGUGAUAGUGAUGGAAACACACUGAGGUCUAAAGUAAACUCUGUGAUAAGAUGAAUGAUGACAAUGUUUAAAGAAUGUGGAAAGAACAUGUCCUUUAAAAAGCAAAAGGCAACACAUGCUGCACCCAAACCCAAGAUACAAUCCCUUUGUUCUUGUGAAAUUCACAAAGUUCCAUUAUCGCCAUGGUAAUAUCUCUAAGCUUAGUGUUGGUUGCUUGAACUAUGGAAUAAUGUCUUUGAAAUCUAUAAUAUCCCCACUAAAGACAUGAAGCUCAGGAUAAGUAGGUAAUUGCUCAGCAAAAAAUAUGAAGUUGAGAAUUUAAGAUAAUUGCACAAUUUUUUAGUGUCAGAAUAUAGUGAUUGAAUUCUUAUUAAGUAGUCUUACAAUUAUUAAAGCAAAACUUUUAGAAGUAUUAUUUAUUAGCUAUGAAUGUAAGAGGCUACCCCAUGCCCUCCUACUUUAUUUUGAUACAGAGUUCCAUUCCUUUUCCCUGUAACCCUGCAAUCAGUUCUGCUUGUGAACUCCCCUUUGGUUUGUUUGCCACUUAUCUGCAGUUGUAGACAAUUUAAAGUAGCCAACUCACCUACCAGUAAUGUCGUAUAGAUAUGGGAAGAAACUGGAUCAUACGCUGGAAGAUUGGUCUUAAACAUGGUCAAUAUCAGAUGAAUAAAAUCUAUUUAUAUUAAUUAAAUAAGAAUAAUCUGAGAUAAGGGGUGACAGCGGGCCUGUUCUUGAAUUGGAUUUUGCCAGUUUUAGAUCUUUGGUACAAUGUGAGCUAAUAAGGAAUGGAAACCAGAUCAGACAGGUAAAUAAACACAGUGCAGACCACCUCAUUGUUAUUAAUACUGGAUGGGCUAGUUGGGGGAGAUCUUGGAGAAGCCAAAGCUGUCAAAUCUGUAUUCAUACACAGAUCAUAAUGCUAACAAAAUGUAAUGAAUACAAUUUCACAAUGUCAAGUUCACUGAUGAUACAGUAGUGAUGGGGCUCCUCAACAACGUUUGCUGCGAGGAGAUGGAAGAGCUGGUGCCAGGCAAAUACCCUCUUCCUCAAUGCCAACAGGAUAAUGGGUUAUCGAUUUCAGGAAAACUUGCACCACUCAUGCCCUCUUUACUUCAACAGCACAGCAGUGGAAACUGAGAAGUUCAGACUCUUAGAAGUGCACAUCUCACCCAACCUUAUGAUCCAAGAUCAUAAUGCAGACAAUCGGGAAAGCUACUUUGAGGAGGUUGAAGAGAGCUGGACUAUAUACAUCUAUGUACAUCUAUAUCAGCUUUACUGGUAUAACAGCACAACUAGACAGUGGCAAACAGGAGGGCUCUACAAUGGUUAGUCAAAACUGCUCAAUACGUCACUUCACCAGCUUACCUACCAUCAAGGAUAUAUAUGCCGGAGACAGGCCAGUAAAAUCAUGAGGGAUCCCACCCAUCCUGCUCGUGGACUGUUUGUCCACCUCCCAUUGUGGGGUAGGCUAUGUAGCAUUAACAGCAGGACCACUGGAUCCAAAAACAGUUACUUACCUCAAGCAGUAAGGCUGAUCAAUACCUCUGCUCACAAAACCACACCCACACAUUUCCUCCCCUACCACCUCUACUUUAUCAUUUUCUGUCAGUCACUGUAAACAAACAUUAUUUAAAAAAUUGUUUUCUUUCCUAGUUCAGCUCAGCUGUAAAUUGUAGCAGUACAGAAAUCAAAAUAAUAUUUAUCAUCUUCUAAAUGAGCUGAUGUGUGGAAUGCUGACAGACUUCCACUGUCUCUUGACAUACUAUGACUUUCCUGACGUGCAGUUUCCUAACUUAGCACUAGCCUCCAGCUGUGACCUAGCCUAGGACAAAACACUCUCCUCUUGUACCAAGAAGGUGCUCUUUUAUACCCUUCAAAACCCUUGUACUUUUUCAUGCAUUUGUUACAUGCACCUGCACAAUGACCUUGCCUUCCCAUGGAAAAACAUGUUUUUCACCAUCUUCCACUGUUAUGACUGUAGACUUGAGCUCCCUUAACUUACUCAAAACAUUGCUGUGGUCUGGUUGGCUUGUACUUUCUCAAAACAAUCACACUCCAAGUUAAUGCCAGUUUGCCUUACAGACUUCCAUUUUAUUUUUGCAUAUACCAAGGAGGAAUGGCAUUUAACUUCUUACAGUCACCUUGUGUACACAUCUGUGCCUAGCAACAUGUUAUGGACCUACAAUCAAUAUAUAUAAGCUGGCUUAUGUAUUUAUUAUUGCAUUCUUUAUCUUAUUGUGUUGUUUUUGUGCUGCAUUGGAUUCAGAAUAACAAUUACUUCAUUCUCCUUUACACCUGUGUACUGGAAAUGCCAUUAAAUUAUCUUGAAUUUUGAAUCUUCUCUAGUCCCUUUCCCUGCCUCAUGGUGUUUUAGAGCACUAAAUAGUCAUUGAUGCAGGGAAAUUUGGCAGCCAAUUUGAACAUUCGAUUUUUUUUUUGCUUGAAAUUUGGAGAGAAUCUUUAUUGGUUGAUUUGCCUGGGGAAUUGUAUGAAUUGUCCUGAUACCAAGAGGCAAAGUGAUUAGCUUAUCCUUCAAAUGAAGCAGCUGAAUUCAAGUAAGAAAUCAGACAUGCUUAGCACUGAGUAUUUUUCGCUGGAGUGGCUGGCUAUUUGGACAUGAUGUAGCUUGUGCUGAAUGGAAUCGUUCAGUUUGCAAUGCCUCCUGCAUGCACAGAGGCCACAAUGAGUGCUAGAGGAGCAUAGCUUACUGCCACAGAACCAUAACAGUGAAACAGUAUCUUUGGAAAGGGAAGAAAUAUGUAAAGCACCUUUCCCAGUAGUAAGCUAAUGAACAAAAAGAACUAGAAAUGAGAUUGCAUAGUUGAGAUCUAGUCUAGUGCAUAGCUGCAAACACUUUGUGUGCUGCUGACUCACAUUAUUUUCAAAUCUAUUGCUUCUACAAUUGCCUGUCACUUUCUGUAUUUUCCAAUCGUCUCUAUUAGAGAGGGCCGUUCACUGCAGAAACCUGAAAAACGUGGGCUCUGUGAAAUAUGGUGUCUUGCCUGCUGUGUUUUUUUAAAAAAAAAUCAAACGUAUUAUCUGGAAGGAUUUGAAAUGUAUUUUUGUAUUUUACUGAAGCAAUUGCAAAUUAUCAUACUUGACCUCAUCAGUGCAAAUAAGUGACCAAAAAUUACUUUAAAAAAAAGUUUCUUUGUAAUAGGACAUUGUAGAAACAAACAACUGAAGGAAGCUUUUUGGCUGAUGGUGCCAUAAUCAGUAUACCCCAAUAAUCUUGUGUGCUAAGGUUCUGCAAUUAUUUUUUUCCUGGUGAAGUAUUUAGCCCCUGUAUUCAAUUCUGCUUUGAAAUUUACUAUUGAAUUGACUUUCAUUGCCCUUUUAGGCAAUGCAUUCCACAUGGUGACAGCUUGUUGUGUUUGAAAUUAAAGUUCACUUUGCUAGAGAUUUUCUCUAUCAAUAUCCCUCAUAAUUUUGAAACCACCCAUUUUUUAAUUAUGCCUUUGUGAAAUAUUAAUACCCUUUCCAUGAAGAACUGCUUAAGGCUCACUUAGACUUUCUCAAAUUUAUCUAGACCUUAAAAAGGUGUGUAAUGUUAGGAUAUAGAUCAGAAUGGUCUUAGACGAUGGAACAGGCAACAUAUUACAGGUUUUGUCUCUGUUCCUGUCAACUUUUCAUCUACAGUAUACAGCAUCACACUCUUAUUAACACGCACAAAAUGCUGGAGGAAUGCAGCAGGCCAGGCAGCAUGGAUGGAAAACAGUACUAUCGCCAUUUUGGGCCAAGACCUUUCAGCAG